UGCAAGCAAAAAACAUUUACACUGUCAAAUAACAUUAUGUCUGACUUAAGUCUAGCGCGAGUUUAAGCACUCUCAGAAAACUCACUUUAUUAUCAGUAAAGCUGUCUAUACACGGUUUUAUGAAUGAAUCUCUUACAUCAUAUACAUACAUCUGCACUUUGUUGUUCAUGAUGAGAGAAUUCGCGUGCAGUGAACAAAAAACUCAUCUGAACACUUCUGAUUGGCCAUUGCAGUCAUAAGCUCAACAGACUCGUGUGUGAUUGGUUAUAAUGCGCAGCACUGUAAAACGCAUAAAAAAAUCAUGGCGAAACAUUUAGCAGAUCUAAAUUUAAUGCUGCGGUCAACACUUUUCAUUUAAUUUGCAUUUUAUUCGCGACAGACGUAAUGGAUUUAAUUUAACUGUACCGCAGCAUUUGUGUCUGUAGCUCUUUCCGAAACCGCUCCCUAUCCACUAUAUAGUGCACUAUAUCGGGUGUCAGCCAUUUUGUAGUGCUGUCCGAAUUCUGAGUGAACGACUUCAAUCCAAUGCGGAGAACCGACGAGCUGUUAGAGCGAGCGAGUUUGAACUAGAGAUGCCGUUUAAUUUGCAAAAAUGAUGAAUUUGGUGGAUUUUUAAAAAUGUUCAUUGGUAGUGUAUUCAUUCUGAUGUCAAAUUAACGGUCGCCUGAGGGCACUCUACGGCCAUCUUGUUUGAGUGCAAAAACGCUGCUCGGGAGAGUUUCAAGAUACUACAAACAAUAAAUACAUACAAUUAUUAAUAUGUGCUAAUAUGAGUUCAUUUUUGUUGACAAUAUUUUAAUAGUAUUUAAUGAUUAUGACCAUAUUACAGAACAAAUGAAUAAUAUACCAUCAAUGUAACCACAAAGCUGAUUACAAUAGUCAUUUUAAGUGUUAUUGCUAUUAAUAUUAUUUUCUAAAAUGAGGUACAUAUAAAAGUACAUCUAAGAUGUUUUUGCAACAGCCAAGUCUCACGCGCAGUGUACACGUCACCUUCCGAAUCCGUUCACUCCUUUCUAAUAUAGUGCACUCAACUGCCUUACGCUAUAUAGGGAUUAGUGAAUGAGUGAACGAGUGAGCGAUUUCGGUCACAGCUUGUGUGUUGGCAUAGUUUCUACAAACGGAAACUGAGGAUAUGCGGAUAUUACGUCAUUGAUCGGCUGAGCAGGGACGGGUCAUGAUUUAAAAUGGGAAUUUCUCUGGAUUAACAAAUCCUUGGGAACUUUUGGAAUAACAUAAAUACCCAACUGCAUAAAAUAUACAACACUGUGAUGUGGAAUGACUCAGAUCUUCUAAGUAAUGAUUCAUUUUCUUGCGCGUCCCCGUCUGUGGAGGGCUACCGUUACUUCGGCGUCCUCUUGGGAUCGGCUGUGACCAUAGUAGGAACCAUAGGGAAUAUUCUGACCGUUCUCGCCUUUGCUACUGAUGCCAGUCUGAGGACACGGUUCAAUGUUCUCAUAGUAAACCUUGCCCUCGCUGACCUUCUUUACUGCACGAUCCUCCAACCGGUCAGCGCUGACUCAUACCUGCACCUGCACUGGAGAGGUGGAGCCACGUGGUGCCGUAUGUUUGGAUUCCUCCUUUUCCUGUCCAACAGCGUAUCCAUUAUUACAUUAUGCCUCAUCGCUUUGAGCCGUUACUUGGUUGUUGCACAUCGCACUUCUCGCUGUGCCCGUCUGCUCCUGUCUCACCGUGGAGUGGCGGUGCUCCUCAUCUCAUCCUGGCUACUGGGGGUAGCCAGUUUCGCCCCACUUUGGCCCGUCUACGUGUUUGCCCCACAAGUGUGCACCUGCAGUUUUCACCGCACCAAGGGGCGGCCUUACACCACCGUGCUGCUCUUCCUGUACUUCUUCUUGGGCCUGGGUUGCGUGGGCCUUUUCUACUUUCUGAUCUACCGUAAGGUGCGUGUAGCCUCUAAGGCUUUUCUGAAGUACAGGCCCAGUCGUCACUCAUCAAAACGCAAAAAGGCUGAAGCUGAAGCGACAACGGAUGACAGUGGGAUCAGUGCUGGAGCUUCAACAACUCAAAGCUGUGAGAUCAGUCAUGACGAGCCAGGAGCGGAGCAGAAUAACAGCAAAGCGCAGGAGAAAUCUGAGGGCCACGCAAGCACACAAGAACCGAAAAACUCCAUUCAAGAUGCCUCAAAAGACACAGAAACAUCUUCUAAACCAACUCCGAUAAAAAUCCAGACCACUCCAGCUGCCAACAGUCCAGGAGAGGACAGUGAAUUUAAGCGAGUAACUCGAAUGUGCUUUACAGUUUUCUUGUGUUUUGUUGGCUGUUUUGCGCCAUUUCUGUUGCUGAAUGUCGCUGAUAAGGCGAACCGUGCGCCACAGGUCAUUCAUAUGUUUUGUGCAAACCUCACUUGGUUAAAUAGUUGCAUUAACCCUUUGUUGUACGCAGCCAUGAACCGGCAGUUUAACCAGGCCUACAAAGACAUACUACGCAAAGCUGUACAUCCAUUAACCUGGAUAUGGAGAAGCCGUCGGUUCACAAUAAGAUAAGCAAUAAUGAAGAAUGUUAUCCGAGUCAUUUCAAUCUGAAAGUGAUCUUGUGCUGUAGAUGUUCAGUGACUUCACAUAUUUUGCAUAAUUAAACAUGGAGCUGCACUCCAUUCAUUCGGUGGAGAACAUCACAGUUCUCAGGUUUAUCUUUAUUCACCUCCAUCAGCUGCAUAUAAAGCACAAUUAAAGCAAUGCAACCAAAUCUAACUCAAAAUUACAUGCCAUAUACAUUUUAUGUAAUUGUGCACUGUUUUGUUUUCCAUUCACUUUCUAUAUUGUCAAAUAGCUUGUACUUCUUUUUUUAGCUCAUCUUUGACUAUAAUGGUCUGUAGGCAUUUCUUUCUCAAGUGGUGGGAUUUUCCAGUUCCAUCAAAGAUCGGAAAGAAAACGUGUCAUGUGGCUUUUCACUGCAAACGCACAAACUUUCUCUGUUUCAUUUCCUCAUUUUUCUGAUUGCACAUAUGCAGUAAUCAUGUGUGCCACCACAGGAAUGAUUCAUAAUGAUAUUAAGAACAUUUGUAACCUUACGCACAAAUGAACAUGGGAGUUUGAAGCUGGGCAAUGGAGAAAACAAGAACAGACAAGCCUCACUGCUUCGUCUAUUACCUCACAUAGGAAACCACAAGAGUUUCUUAAGUCCUCUUUUGCUUGCUGUGUUGUUUCCAUUUUGAUUUAUGUACUGUUUAAGCUGGACUUCCAGAAUAUGAGAGAACUUGUAUGAUUUUAUUUUUACUAAGGAUUAUUUGCACAAUUCCUCGAAAUGUACACUGUAAAAAGUGAUAAGCUGACUUAACUUAAAAAUUUUAAGGCAACGGGUUUCCUCAGUUUUUUUAAGUAAAUGAUAAUUAAAAAGAAUAAGUUAUUUUAAUUGUCAAGUUCACUUAACUUUUUUUUUAAUUAUUAUGUACUUAAUAAUUUUAAGGCAACGGGUUUCCUCAAUUUUUUUUUAAGUUAGGUCAACUUUCACUUUUUACAGUGUAGGUGGAUCUGUAAUGUGUGUAUAUUGCACAUCAUAUCAGUGUUCUAUAAUUACAAUAAGAUUCAAAAUGAUAACAUAUGUAUUAUAAUUUCUUUCUGAAUAGCUUCUUUUAAAAUAAAGUAAUAUAAAAUAAAAAGUCAGCAAAAAUGCUUCUCCUGUUAAAGUUGUGGCACAGAACAUAUAUGCAUAACUUGCUUCUGUUAUAAUGGAAAGUAAAGUUUGUUUGAAUCUGUCCAGAUUCCACGUUUAUUAUCUAUUUGAAUUUUAUUAUGUGUUUUUAUAUUACCAUCUCAAAUCAGCGUCCAGCUUUUUUAGAGCUGGACACAAAACCAGGCAUUUUGCAAGUCCAGACAAGUGUUCCUGACUGCGUAAUCU